AUGAGAAUAGUCGUCUCCUUACUAACAAGAUUGUCUUCCUUCAGCAAUGACCGCAUCUCUAAUCGGCACCUGGUCCAAAAGCUGGUCAUGUACCUUAGACUGAAAGAUGAGGCCGCCCUGCUCGAGUGGCACGACGGCCCGGAGAUCCACCCCUUCUGGGCGCGCAUCGCCGAUGACUUCCUGAGCCACCGCGCCCACAACCUUGACAUCCCAGACCAGACCAAAUUUCUUAAAGCCUUCAAGAAAGCCACAAACGAUGAGUCUAUCCUCGUAAAAUUCAGGUUAGACAGCUUCGAUACUAAAGAUUGCACUCAAAUUGAUCGGAUGGUCAAGUUCGCCACUGAUAUUGUGGACUACGCCUGCGAGAACUUUGGAGUCUUGACCCGCGUCAUGCCUGACACAUGUCUGAACUGCCUCGGGACUGUGAUUUAUAUGAAUAUUGACCUACUGUCAAGGGUGGAGGACGCCGAUCGUGACUGGUCGCUUGAGAAUGACGGGAAUGGUUUUGCGUCGUGA